AUGUACUGACGCCUACCGGUAUCUCGGCCGGGUCAGCGUACUCGGUCAGACCGUCUCAGACGAGUAUGCACCCGGAAUGAACGAGACAGUACUCUAGUGCAACUCUAGUGUCGUUAUGCUCAUGCCGGGACACAUGAGGUUCCCAGAACGGACUAGCCGGAGACUGCGGGCCAGGCAGAUGCUGUGACGUCACGCGCUUGCAGCCUUCGCACUCCAGCCCAUGCAUCAUCGCGCGGCGCGCCCAAAAGGCGGCGGGCAUCCACCCGUUGGUUUUCAGACCGCCCCCGUCAGCCGCAGCACACCUCUUCCCGCCUGUGUCUGCCCCUUCCUCCUCACCUACGCCCUUCUGCGACGACCGUCACGACCUGCUCAUCUACACGCCUCACGAUCUACUGCUGCUAAGACUUGCAUCUAUUGAGACACCAUGGUCAACUUUGACAACCACGUGCGGAGGGGACACCCGAUCGUGUUUGGCCUGAUUGUUUUCUUCGGGAUCAUCGAGGUCGCAAUCUCAGGAUGGCUCACGGGCAUGUACAACUCGCACCACAAUUACUUGAGCCACUCCGUGCGCGACCGCACGCGGUACAUCCUCUUCACGUCCUGCUGGACCGUGUUCUUCUCCCUGUUCUACCUCGCGCUCUUCUGGCACUCCGCGUCCACGGGCUCGGUUGCCACGAGUGUAAUGAGCCAUGGAGUAUUCCUGUUCAUCACCUGGGUGCUUUGGGUCGCUGCGGCCGCUAGCAUCACAUCCGCCCUCAAUGGCGGGCUGGACUGCAACAUCCAUUACACAUACUGCGGUCAGCUGAACGCCUUGGAAGCCUUUGCGUGGAUCGAAUGGAUCAUGAUCACCUUCGCGCUGGUUGUUGUCUUCUUCCGAGGCUUCACAGCUUCACGCCGCGGAGAUGGCCUCAGAGGUCAACUCAUUGCCUAGCUUCACGAUCUCGAAUGUCAGCCCCAACGAU